AUGUGCUGCAUCAUUCCCACACGUUCCGCGCUGUCUAUCCUCUUUCUGCCGUUUGUCAUGGAACUUUGUCUCCAUUGCUCUUGUGUACCGCAUGUUCCGCAUGUUCCGCAUGUUCCGCGCAUGGACGAGGGCUCCUUCGUUACCCCAAGGCCACCAAUCAUACGCCCUGACGCCCGCAUCUCCACCGAACUCGCGGGCGUGUGGGGCCCGGCCAAGGGUUCAGCCUUCCUCAGAUGCGAAGGGGCUCACGCCAAGGACGAGGUAGAGAUCACCAUCGCAAUCGAAGCGCAUCGUCUAGGAACAGCACGACAAACACACCUUCAGCAUCGCGAGCUCGAUCAAUAUCGCGCCGCACUUCAUCCCAAAACACCCAAAGGCACGUGUCACUCAGAAGGACGGUCAAGAUCAGGCCAGCACUCUCUAUCGCCUGAGGAUAUACGGUACGUCAUGGACAUCGUGGUGCAGCCGCCCCGGACCGCUCGGGUCGGCCAAACUAUGCCUGGAUCUAUCGUCGUGCGAUUGCGAACCAUCAACGCCGAUACCGACGACGCUGUUGCAGACUCAACCAACCUUGUCGCAGUCGCAGCCUUGGUUCCUGGUCCUAACUCUGCAGUACCAGCAGACCCCAACGCUCUCAACACUCUGCUUACAGGUAGAGUUUUCGACUCAAUUCAUCCCUUCAACGACGACGAAGCUGAUGGAUUCAUCGCCUCAAUGGACAUGGCCGACCCACAGGGCGUGGGCUACAUGCGCUUUCCGGACCUAGUCAUCCGCCAGGCUGGUACCUAUCGAAUACGCAUUACCCUCAUCCGAAUCCGUAACUCGGCCUCAGAUCCUCCAGUUACAUCCGCGGGCAAUGGUCUGGCUGUACAUGUUGUCGACAGUAAUCCGAUUGUUGUCAAUGGGGGCGGGUCAGGUUCGAAUAUGGCUGUAUACAAUGCGCGAGUGGGAAACUAUAGAGGCAUUGGUACUCGCACCGUUUUCAGUUAUACAAGAAUGCCUGCAUUGCACUGGUUCAGCAUCACUGGAUCCGAGGCUUUUUUUGCUGAUCCCCCUCAGGUCUAUCUAGACUCUUUCCGUUCUAGGAAAAUAUCCUUCGCCUACCGUUCUCAGUCUCAUGCCGUCACCGUCUUCUUCCAAUGUGAAAGCUUAGGGUUGCAAUUCGUCUCUACGAUGAUUACAUUCAACGCGAUAUAUUUCGGAGAGCAAUGUGAGGGUCUCCUGCAUGGAGGCUUAGAUCACCGUCUGGCUGAUGAUCCCGGCUAA